GCGUGGUCAAAGGGCAAUUGGCCACAAAUGCUACGAUUGGCACGGCCGCAAUGGAGGGCCUGCCGUGCGCUCCGAUGUGGAACGGCUGCCUUGUCCACGUCGCCCGAUCCGAAGCCAGGUUUCGUGGCUGCUUGGAAGGCUUGCCGCGGGGAGGAGCGAAAGCAACUAGCGGUGAUAUCUGUUGCAGGGGCUGCCCUGAACCUGGGCUUCGGUGUUGUGAUCCCAGCCUUGCCAGUUCUUUCACAAGAGUUGGGUUUUGGUGCAACAGGAGUGGGUCUGCUGCUUGCUGCGCCGAGUCUUGCCAGGGUGGUUUUCAACCUUCCAGCAGGUGCAUUAGUGGACAGCUUUGGGCGAGUUCCCUGCAUGAUCAUUGGCGAACUCUUUGCUGCCUUGGGCUGUUUGGGCACAGCCUUGGCUUUGUCGCUCAGUACCAUGCUGCCGAUAAGAUUCAUGGGUGGCAGUGGCGGAGCGCUUGCGUCUGCUGGUUCAGCAGCUUACUUGACAGACCUGACUGAGAGGCCACACCUGAAGCCAAUGCGCGGCACCAUUUUGGGCGCGCAGGGUGGGCUGAUAGCCGCUGCCUACGUGGUGGGGCCAGCGGUCGGCGGAGCCUUGACUCAUCUCUACGGGACUCAAGCAGCGUACUGCUCGGUGGCAGCACUCAUCGGGGUCUGUGGCGGGGCCUAUGCCACGCUUCCCGAAACCAGGCCCAAAGAGAAAGCGGGCUCCUUCCGUCUGGCUGGGGCUGCAAAGGACUGGCAAGAGUUGCUAAAGGAUCAUCGGCAGCAAGCCCUCUUUGCGGCGAACUUGGCUUUGUUCAUGAACUAUUCUGCGAUGGUGACAGUCAUGCCGUUGCAUGCCUAUCAUCUCUUUGGAAUGGGAGCUGGAGAAAUCGGAGCGUUGUUCUCCGUGGGUUCCGCAGUUGGCAUCGUGUUGGCUCCAGUUGUUGGGACGUUGUCGGAUAGAUACGGGCGUGUGCCUUUGGUGGCUCCAUCCGCAAUCCUGUGUGGCAUUGGCUGCCUGGGUGUUGCCAUGAGUCAAAGCUCGGAGCUGUUCUUCGCCUUCUACAUGAUAUGGUCGCUGGGAGAAGCAGCCUUGGCACCGCUGCUCAGUGCCUAUGCUGCAGACAUAGCUCCCAAGGAGCAUGUGGGCUCGGCCAUGUCGUUAAGUCGGCAGGCAGGUGAUUUGGUCUCAUUUGUAGCACCGCCUUUGCUCGGUUUCAUGUAUGAUACUUCUCCCGGACAUGCGGCCAUGUCCCUGACGAGUUUUAUGACAAUCUUAGGGGCUGCCACUUUCUGGAAGCGUACGCGGCAAUAG